AUGGAUGGUGACAUCAUUCCAAGUCAGAUAAUUGAAGACCAAGAUAUCAUACCUCAGAUUGAUGGAUUUACAUUAGGUGAGACUUUAGGACAAGGAUCCUUUGGAAUAAUAAAAUCUGCAUCUUUAAAAGAUGAUAAUAUUGACAAUAAUGAAUCUUCCACAGUUGUCGCAAUCAAAUUUAUUGAUUUGAUUAAGUGUAAACAAAACGGUAUCAAAGACAAGAAAAUAUAUAAGGAAGUCCUGCUACAUUCAAAAUGUUCCAAUCAUCCAAAUAUCUUAAAACUCUUGGAUUAUAAUAUCAAAAAUGACUACCUUUAUUUGAUCUUGGAGAUGGCUGAUGGAGGUGACCUUUUUGAUAAAAUUGAACCAGAUAUAGGCGUAGAUAACGAUGUAGCACAAUUUUAUUUCCAACAACUAAUUAAUGCAAUAUCUUUCUUACACAAUAAUCAUGGUAUUGCACAUAGAGACAUCAAACCUGAAAAUAUUUUGUUGGAUAGGUAUGGUAAUUUAAAACUAGCAGAUUUUGGUUUUGCUACAAAAUUUAAAAAUAAAGAUGGAACUCUAAAACAAUUUUAUGAUACUGUUGGAUCACCACCUUACAUGGCUCCUGAAAUCUUUACUUCAUCUAAAGCAGAUAAAUAUCAUGCAAAUUUAACAGAUAUCUGGUCUAUUGGUAUUUUUGUCUUUGUUCUUCUGACUGGAGAAAUACCGUGGCAAUUGCCAACUAAAGAGGAUUCAAACUUCCGAAAUUUUAUUGAUCACAAUGGUAAUAUAAUUCAUUCUAGUCCUUGGUGCAAGAUCAAUUUAACUCAUUUAAGUCUAUUAAGAAAAUUAUUGCAGUUUGAUCCCCUAAAAAGAUUAACCAUAAUUAAUUUACAGAAACAUCCAUGGUAUUAUAAACACAACAAAUUUGCGAAUUCUAACAUGCUUUGUAAAGAUCCUUAUGGUUUGGCAAAAGCUUUAAUGUCAAAUUUGAAAGUCUCUCUAACAAACAAAACUUUUGAUACUCUAAUGACUCAAGAUCCUUUAAUUGUAGACAACUCUAUUAAAUGGAACUAUAAGUUUCCUGGAAAUAGGCAUAGUAAUAAAAUGAUAUCCACACAACCUUUACAAAAUGAUGUUGCAAAUUUACAAACAACUGAGCUAAAUAAUUUCAAUUCUAAACUGACACAAUACCAACACUUUGAUAAUAAUAUUGUCUUUAACACUCAAUAUGAGACAUUUUAUAUUCCAAAAAAGAUAGAAAAAAAAUGGUUAGAUCUUAUAAGCAAUGAUGUAGCCAUUUUACAAUUUACAAAUAAUCAUGAUAAUAAUUCUAGGGUCGACCAGUAUAAAAAUAUGGAUUUAAAGUUUAGACCUUUCAAUUUAACAAAAUUUUAUUCUCUAGAAUCAAUGGAUACUGUCUUAUCGUUUUUAGAAAAUUCUUUACAUUUAUGUGGUAUACCUGUUAAACCUGAUUUAUUUGAUACUUAUUUAAAAUUAAUAGAUGACUGUGAUGUUGACAAGACAAUAUUCCCUUUACAGAUAAAUAUUAGAACUGUAGAUAGAAGAUUCUCUACUUUAAAUGGAUCAAUCGUUAUUAAUUUAAUUAAUAAUCAAUUGAAAGUUCUUGAAUUUCAAAGAAAGAAGGGUGAUCCAUUAGAAUGGCGUAGACUUUUCAAAAAGAUUGCUGUAUGUUGUAAAGAUAUCAUACUAGUACCCAAUAAGAAUUGA